CUUUAAAUUCGUAUCGGUUAAUUAGUUGAUAAAUAAUACAUAUCUAUUUAGAUUGUCAUAUAUUAACAGAUUUAAUUGUGGACAUUAUUUGUUUAACAGUAAUUGAAAUAUUUCACUAUUACUGGAGUCAGUACCUGGUAAUGACCUAUUAUUCAUUUCGCAUAUGAUGGGAUAAAACACAGGUUGGACGGACUGGAACUUUUAUGUUGUCGUUUCAACCGUUUGCAGCAAUUGUUAAUGGAAUACUAUAGAUAAAAAAAAAACAUUUGUUUAAAAUGUUUUGGACUUAUCCAACAUCAUACAUUACCUGAAAAAGUGAUUUGAUUGAUAGGAUGUUACUUCUGUCAUUGGUACUAUUGACAAUAAAUUCAAUACCUAAUGACGCUAACAUGGGAAUGACAUUUCAGUUAAUACCCGACAUUUCAAUUCUACUGUCCUCGCAAUCGUCCACAUUCAUAUGCCAAAAGGAAAGUAAUCAACGAUAUGACUGUUUUCUACAAUGUUUUAAUUUACCCGAAUGUCUAAGUGUACUAACCACACAUGGAAGUUGUUACUGUAAUACAGAUCUGACACCAAACAGCACCUACCAUCAGAGUCAUACACAGAUCUACGUCAAAAGACCUGCAAAUGAAUGCAUGGGACAUGGAUACAUAUACCAUAAAGGUUUAUGUCUUAGAAAAAGUACAACAGAUAUGUCUUGGUUCGAUGCUUUGAAUGACUGUGCCAGUUUUGGAGGCCAUCUUAUUGUACUUGAUUCGUUAACGAAACACACAACUGUAGUGGACAUAUUAAAUACAUAUUAUCAUCUUCCACAAUUUGAUGACGCUUACUAUGUUGGUGCUUCAGACAUUUCUGAAGAAGGAAACUGGAAGUGGAUUUCCCCAAAUUCUUUAGAUUUUAUGACUUUUAGGACUAGUCAACCAAAUAAUAUUGACAUUCAUCAUCCUGGUUUAGAUGCUGAUUGUGCUGCUUUAAGAGUCACUAAAAGGGCAUUAGUCGACGAGUGCUGUUUACAAAGAAAGUCAUACAUUUGCGAAAUAAAUUGAUAAUCUGAAUCUGUUAAGUCAAAUAUAAGGAUGUCUUAUUGCAUAAAAUCGGGAGCCCUUCCUUAAAAAAAUUAAAGCUUAUCCAUGUAGAAGAAAUAAAAAGAAAUGUGAAUGAAGCCCGUAAAGUAAAUAUGAACGAUAGAAACAUAUUAAAUUAGAUAUGUUAACGUUAUACGAUGGAGCAGCAGGCAUGUUACUGCUGAAAAAUGGGAAGUUGACAGCAUCAAAUUUCUUGUGUAAAGUCUGUGUCAAUAUCGAUGAACAAAAAUAUGAUGCAGACCUUUUAUUUUCGAUAGUAUCCUUUAUAUCAAUUGCACUAUGACAUAUGAGAUGAAAAUCUUCAAUGAAAUGUUGGUUAUGUAGUCACAGAGAAUCAUCAACUUAUCUGAAAGUGAUAUUUCAGUUUUUGACGAGAUGCUUUAUCUUUUUGUCUUUGGGAAGGUUCUGUGUCAACUUUCCUUCGCAUGAGAACAAAAACAAGUCGGCAAGUAGUGGAACACCAUUUGUACCUACUAGUAUUUGAAUUCAGAAUCCCGUGAACACGUUCUUCAUCGUAUAUUUUGAAUACGCUUCUGAAUGCUUGACUGAACAGUUUUGAGGCGUUUAGAUAAAAUGUUUCGGAUCAUCGUGCUUGCGUUUGGACAUUAUCUGUCCUAGUUCUCAACUCAAUACCUCAUUGACUUGAAGUUUUGUUUCAGUUGCUGAACUGCAGACCUCGAUAUAUCGAGCCUUUGUCAAGUGUAUAUAUAGAAAGUUGACGUACCAGGGGUAUGGCAAAGAACGUCUAGUUUUUUUUCUAAAACAAAUCAUCAGAAGGUACCAAGACCUUGAUGAUACACAUUCUAUAUCAACUUCACAAAUACUACACGAUGGUCUUGAAGUAUAGAUUCUGGUAACUGACUUUGUUUAUCAUCUUAAUAGCGUGUGUUGGUAUUCUUUUGCUUGUCUUUUUAAAUAUUACUUUAACUGUUUAGUCUACUUUUGAUUAUAUCUAUUUGAA